AUGAAGCAUCUGGAGACAAUCGAUGCCCCGGAUCCUUCUCGUCCAGGGCCUCCUACGAACAACGGCGUUCCCCGUGGGUACCUGUGGUCUGACAGUGGCCCUGGCGUAUCGUUCAAUACGUUGUACGAGAUGAACACAUGGCUAGACGAACAGCUCGCGCUAUCGUGUCCUACUGCUUCUCUGGACCUGAAGCCACAUGAACUAAAAUCAAGGCACAUGGACAUCACGCCUCGCAACAUCAUACAAACCGCCGAUGACAAGAUAUGCUUUGUAGACUGGCAAUUCGCAGGAAACUAUCCCUGGGCCUUCGAAGCAGUGCAUCUCAACUGUUGCGAGUUCGAUGAUCCCGUAUUCUUCGAGGCCUUGUUCAAGUCGUUGCCAGAAUACGAAGAGGUGCUGAAGUCGAGAAAGUACAAGGAUCUGUUGGAAGUGAGGAAGAACAACAUCCGGUACGGCGUUGCACGGCAUUUGGUUCCGCCCUCGCCUAGCCGACAGGAUGAAUCAGUUUGA